AUGGAGCCCGAUUCCAAGCGACGGAAGACAACGGAGCCCGAUGGCGCCUGUGCUUGGGAAGUGCGGCCUGUACUUUCGGAGCAGGAAUCUCGGGAGGUCCGGCUCAUGCCCGUCUACGCUGCCCCUGUGCUGGAUAAGAAAGAGACCUGUCGCCUGAUGAAAGAGGUCUCAGCUGUCUACCCGUUGAGUGACUACCCUCAUUUGAAACGUAUCCGGGCCUGCCUAUCGGCAAGCAGUCCCCACCCGCUGGAGAUGAUCUUGUGCCUUGCAGGCCUCAACGGAGAGCAAGCCGGCUUGCGGACUCUCGCUGAACUCUUUCCCAGCGGCGAAGUAGAUCUCAGCGGCUUGGGGAAACCUUUCGUGGUCCAUGUGCCGGCUUGCACGCCUUUGACGCGUCCCCAGUAUGAGGAAGCGGCAUCGCACUGGCCCGUCUCCUUCCACGAGAACAAACGGAUCAGCCAAGCGCUGAAAGGCUGCCUGUUCUCCCCACUGGAAAAAGAGCGCAUGCAGGGUUACAUGGAGUUGGCCAUCCAAGCGGCCCAGCGGGGAGCCAGGCAGGGUAUGGUGCCUGUAGGAGCUACGGUGGUGGACCCGGCCACUGGCCGAGUCCUGGCUGUGGGUCAUGACUGUAGAGAGGGCUCCAACCCGCUUCUCCACGCUGCCAUGGUCUGCGUUGACUUGGUGGCCCACAGCCACGGAGGGGGAGCUUACAGCUUCCGAGAUUAUCCCGCUUGCACGUUUCUUCCUGCGGACAACACUUCCCAGCCGCCGCCGCCUCUUGAGGACGGCCUUCCGUACAUUUGCACCGGCUACGACAUGUACUUAACGCGGGAACCAUGCACGAUGUGUGCCAUGGCGCUGGUGCACUCCCGCAUCCAGCGGGUGUUCUACGGAGCUCCGUCCUCUCACGGGGCUCUGGGCACCACACACCACAUCCACAGCCGGAAGGACCUCAACCACCGCUAUGAAGUCUUCCGGGGCAUUCUGGAAGAUCAGUGCCAACGCUUAGCGCAGCUUUCCGAUCGCAAAGAAUCGUUGUGAGGGAACGUUUCUGGUGCUUUUUAUGCUUCUGGGGAUGGUAUAUUGUAUUUUUUUAAAAAAAAUGAUAUUGGAAGGAUGGUUUCGUCUUUGUGGUGUAGUUUGUUUGUAGUCCUUGACUUAUAACCAUUUGUUUAGUGACGGUUUGAAGUUAAAAACGGCACUGAAUGAAGGGACUUAUGAUGGUUUUUCCCCACUUACGACCAUGGUUACAUCCUCUUGGUUACAGAUGCUUGCCAACAGGUUCAUAUUUAUGAC